AUGACCAGCCUGAGGUAUCGGAGCCUGUGGGACCAGAGACAGAAAGGCAGUUUGUUCCAGGCUGACGUACACAAGAGUUCUCACAUGUUUUAAUUCACCUGAGCUUGGACACCUACCCACCCCUGCCCUGAUACCUGCCCCAGGACACAGGGUCAGAGACCUGGCCUGGAAGAUCUCGACUCACUGGACUCCUUGCUUCACUGAAACUGGAGACUCCAGCUUGACCUCAAGAGAAAAAAACAGCCAAGGAGUCUACCAAGAACCUGCUUAAGAGGUCUUCAGAGAAACCACAAUAACAGCAGCAGAAGGAAGAUGGCAUCAAACGUUCAUAGAGGAGGAAUACCUGCAGUUAUUAAAGGCCAUCGACACUUCAGCUAUGGAGGGUCUGUUUUACCUGAGUCUGUCUCCAUUGCACAGUACUAUGACAUAACCCCAACCAAGAGAAGUAACGUUCGCACCAAUGAUGAGCUGAUUCCCAGGCCAACCAAUAUCAACCUUGGUGAAAAGACUAUUAAAGUCUCCAUCCAGAGGGAGCACCCAUACCAGUCCCACAUCUCCCGCUGUGCCAUGUUCCCUAACUACCGGAGCCCUGACGAUCCAAACACAGGUGUAAGAGCCAGCAACAAACUCCCUCUCAACCCCCUCCUCCCAGCCAGCGCUCCACAGGUCACUGUACUCAGUAAAACCAAAGGUGGACCUUACCGUCAUGAACUUCUGGAUGUUCCAAUGGAAACCAGGAGGACUGGAACAGUUUGGCCCGGGCAAAACGGUUUCAAGAAUCACAUCAAACCAGUGAAAGGAGAGAUGCAGGAGUUUUACCCCAAAACUCCAAAGACACUGUGCCCUAAUCUGACUCUGAGAGACUGGAAGACCACGCUGUCCGAACGCACGGCCAACAUGCUGCGAAACGUGGAGAAAUCACAGUGGCUCACUUCAUACCAGUUACACUUUACAGGCACUGGGCCCACAAACCCGAUAAAACUGGAUGACUUCAAUGAGAAGACAAUCAGCUCGAUUACAGGAGAAACGGAUCCUUAUACAGCACAGCUGAAGGAGAGAUCUUGCCCAACGUUCCUCCCUCCUCGACCACUGGAGGGACGCAAGGCCAGGAUUCUGCAGGACAGGCGUCCUCUGGAAGGAAGAUAUCCUUCAUCCUCACCGUCCUCUGCAGCUGGAAAGACCCCUAUUCAGGAUGACACAUCUAGGAAGUGGUCUGUAGGUCUACCACAAAAUGCAAACGUUGAGCAUGAGGUACACAGGGCCAUUAAAGCCAAUGAAUCAAUUCACCCAAUAUAUAGUUCUGAAUUUUACAGUGAAUCAUAUGUGUGUGAUCGUUGCUGGGAGAGAAACUGUAUGUGUACGGUUAGGCUUUCAGAGCCAAAUAGUGAUACUAACGCAGGAUCAUUUCUCCCACAAAACACCUUUCAACCUGCACUGCAAGAGAAGAACAGCAAAGAAGGGCUAAGGGGACUGUUUCGCAAAGUCCAGAAGUAUAUGGGCAAGAAGAACCCAUUUGAGCUCAGCCAGCUUCCACAGUCUGAUGAAGAUGCUACUGAUAGAUAUAUAAGAUUAGGUAGACCAACAAAUCAUUGGUUUAAAUCAGAGUCAGAGAAGGAAGAAGAGAGAGUGAAGGUGGUUUCUCGCACUUCUGUCAGCAUCCAGCCCCGCUCCUCCAGUGCCCCCUAUAGCUACGGAGAAAGGCCAAACAGCAGGACGGAUGAUAACGGACCCUUCCGCUCUCAGUCUGUGCUGCUGGAUCUUCAGGAUUCUUUCAGCCAGACUGAGGCCCACCGUCGCUUUCAUGAGACCCUGCAGGGUGCCAGUAUGGACCUACGGGACAACCAUCACACUGGAAGAAAACACUGCUUCUAUGGCUUCAACUCCUACUACUACCAUAACUGAAAAAAGUAGACAUGACAUGAACCUAAGAUACAGAAUUAAUGGAAACCUAUUUAUUAUAUAAUUUUAUUAUAAUAAUUUACAUUCAUUGAUACCAAUGAUGCUAAUUUAACCAGUGUUACAGCCGUUUACAGAGUUUGUCAUUUGCUCAGAUCCAAAUUAGUUUGUAAACUUGUACAGCCAUUUUCUUCAGGUUGGUUUGUUUUCACACAGGGGAAAUCUUUGUGUCACAACAAACCAUGUGAGAACAUUUUCUCUAUGCCAAGCCUUUUAAGCCUAAAACCACCAAUCUUCCAAAUCAUAACUCGAUUUUUACCAGUUAAAGCUCAAACUACAGAUCUCUGUGUUGUAGUUUUCCGUAUCUAAUUUCAGCUCAUAUCAGCUAUGAAAUGUUUACUAGUAAUAAUAUCUCUAUAAAUCUAAAGAUUUGUAAAAUCAUUCUGACUAAAUACUUUAGCAGGAGUACAUAUCCUUUAAGAUAUUUUACAUUACCAUUGAUUUAGAUGGAAUUUUACACUCUCUUAUCUAUAAUUAUGUUUUAACCAGUAAAAACUCCAGUAACGGGUAGCUAUAGUUAUUUUUUACCAGUAUGAGUUAUAAUUCUGUCUAUUAAAAAGUCCAGUUUUAGAUAUCAACAAUAUUAUACUACUAUACUACUGUCCAAUUGUAAAUUUGUAAAUUAUAUUGUAGAGGUCCAAAUCUGCAUAAAACUACAAAAAUAUUCUAAAUGCCCAUUACUACACUAAGUUAAAAACUACAUGAAAGAAAGAAGAAAUUGACGUUUCUACUGGUAAAAAACUGAAUCACAUCUUGUGCUGCUGAUGUCAUUUUAAGUUAAAAUAGUUUGCUGUAAUUCAAUUCAAAGAAGCUUUAUUGGCAUGGCAUGACCAUAGCAAAUUACAGUGUUGCCAAAGCAAUAAUUAAUUAAUUAAUUAAUUGAUUGAUUGAUUGA